GCGACCGCCCUCGGACGACUUUAUCUGCCUCUCGCUGCGUCCGUCGGCGUUGUUUGUUUGGGUGGCGGUGUCAGGGGAAAGCGGAACUAGCUUUAGCCGACUAGCUCCUGGUCGGCUCCGUGGGGCGACUUUGCUCGGAUCCUGCCGGUCGUCGACCGCCACAUUUUCGCACAAUGCCGCAAAAUCUCGAACUCUGUGCCACCGGAGGAGCGUCCAAAUUGGACAGCAGCAAGAUGGAGGACAUGACAGUGGAGCAGAUCACCGCCAGGGCCAACCAAGUGACUGACGAGUCACUUGAAAGCACGCGUAGGAUGCUGCAAAUGGCGGAGGAGAGUAAAGAGACUGGUGUCAAAACCAUAGUGAUGUUGGACCAGCAAGGAGAGCAGCUGAAUCACGUGGAGGACGGCAUGGACCAGAUCAACCAGGACAUGAGGCUGGCCGAGAAGAACCUGACGGACCUCUCCAAGUGCUGCGGGCUUUGCAUCUGUCCGUGCAACAGGGUGUCGUCCAUCGAGAACGACUCACGAUACAAGCGCACGUGGGGCAUCGGAGGAGGACUCGACGGCGAGAGCAACGGCGACGGUUCCAAAGUGGUCUCCAAGCAGCCGGCGGGGGUUCGCAACGGGCAGGCCGGCCAGGUCAACGCGCCACCGCCGUCUGGCCCGUACGUCAAGAGCAUAACCAAUGACGCCCGUGAGGACGAGAUGGAAGACAAUCUGAACGCCGUCGGCGGCAUCAUCGGUAACCUUAAAUCGAUGGCGGUGGACAUGGGCACAGAGAUCGACAAGCAGAGCAAACAGAUCGACCGGAUCACCGACAAGGCGGACAUGAACAAAACGCGCAUCGGCGAAGCCAACCAGAGAGCCACCAAGCUCCUCAACUAACAAGCAGCUUUCUUCAUCGACCCCCCCCCCCCCACACACACACACACACACACACAUACAACCUUAUCACAACCACGCAAGAACACACAAUCGUCUUGCUGUGUUGGGAGAUGAAUAGAAAACAGAUACAGGACCGGUGAAAGGUUUGGAUGUCUCUAAAAGCAGCUUUGUCACACACACGUAUAGUACAUGCAUGCCUCAUCACAGCCACGCAAGAACACACAAUCAUCUCUCUAUGCAGAGCGCUGAAUAAUGGGACCAGUCAGUAGACCGGUCUUCUCUUUUAAAAGUGUCUGUAAACUUUUGACUACUUUAAAAAAAAAAAAAAAUGAUCACCUCUUGAUACCAAAACACAUUAGGGAUUUUUGUGUGGAUGUGUUCUCCACACCGCUUUUAAUCCUACACCCUGCACCCCAUUGGCCAGCGCCUUAUUUUAUGUGUAUAAUUUUGAAUGAAUGCGUUUAUUUAAUUUUUCUUACAAGCAGAGCUGUGAAUGAAAUCGUCCACCCCUCGUCCCCCAAUUUUACAUUUCGAAAUAUAUUUAAUAAAAAAAUGUACUUCAGCAGGAAAUGAAAUACCCGACAUGGCCUUGCAUCAAGCUAACGCUGCACCUAAAGGACAGACAAGCGGAUUGUAAAUAUCCUUGUUAGCAAUUAGCAUGCUAGCAUUCAGGUCAUGUGAUGUGCGCGGCCGCUCCCCGUGUAAAUGUUCACUCAGCUCCUGACCUGAGAAGUUGCAUAAUGUUUAAAAUAAGUUUGUUGAAUUGUUUGUACUCAGUAAUAAAGCUAUUCCAGGUA